AGCAGGAGCUUCUCUUGCUUUUCGUUUGGCUUAUAAAUGCUGAAGAGUCGAAGUCGGGAACUGGAGAUGGAUCGUCCACAUUCUGAAGAUGUAGUCCGUCAUCUAAAGCUGCCCGUCUCCACAGAGACAUUUGUGCCGGAGUUCCUUCACGUUUUCCUCCAGGAUUUGUCUCCCUCUGUCGUUCCUGUGGGACUGGCUGCCACGUUUGUUUCUCUUUUAUCAGCCAUCUUUGUUGCAUAUAAAUGGAGGCGAACCAAAAACGAUGAGACAGCCAACACCACAGGAGGCGGGGAGAGUGAGAAGAAUCAGCUGCAUGAAUCCAAGAGGGAAACCAAAGCUCUGAUCAAGAAGAAUCAGGAGUUGGAGAAGAAGCUGACUGAACUGAGGAACAAGUCCAAGCAGCAGGAGACUCAAAGCAAACUGAAGCAGAAAGAAGAGGAAAUGAGGAAGACCACAGAGAAACUGAUGGUAAUGACUGAGGAGUCCAACAAGCAGCAGCGUUUGCUGCAUGAAUCUAAGAAUGAAACCAAAACUCUGAUCAAGAAGAAUCAGGAGUUGGAGGAGAAGCUGACUGAACUGAGGAACGAGUCCAAGCAGCAGGAGACUGAAAGCAAACUGAAGCAGAAAGAAGAGGAACUGAGGAAGACCACCGAGAAACUGAUGGCAAUGACUGAGGAGUCCAACAAGCAGCAGCGUUUGCUGCAUGAAUCCAAGAAUGAAACGGAAACUCUGAUCAAGAAGAAUCAGGAGUUGGAGGAGAAGCUGACUGAACUGAGGAACGAGUCCAAGCAGCAGGCCUUCCAUCAGGAGACUGAAAGCAAACUGAAGCAGAAAGAAGAGGAACUGAGGAAGACCACAGAGAAACUGAUGGCAAUGAAUGAGGAGUCCAACAAACAGCAGCGUUUGCUGCAUGAAUCCAAGAGUGAAACCGAAACUCUGAUCAAGAAGAAUCAGGAGUUGGAGGAGAAGCUGACUGAACUGAGGAACGAGUCCAAGCAGCAGCCGUCUGGAGGAUCUCUGGCCAUUGAGGAGCUGAAGGAAACGCAGUUUAAAAUGGAGCGCAAGAUAUCAAAGAUCCGGGACCUCCAAAAGGAGCUGCAAUACGCCAAGCUUCAUUCUGAGUCUCUCCAAGACAAGAACCAGCAGCUGAAGACUCAGCUGGCUGAACUGAAAGAAAGAUACAAGCAGGAGAACAAAGAUCAACCGGGACCACCUGACCAGUAGAGGCAGGAGGAGGAGGAAUAGAAGAAAAUAAAGAAUGAGCUUUGUACAAUCCUAGCAGGAGCAGACCCAAAGACCCAUGGGAAGAACGAUUCGGUGCUGACGGAGAGGGAGCAGAUAAUAAAGGUUUCCUUAAACUACGUAUUGAAGAGUUUCUUUGGGGUGAAUUUAACUUUUCUAGACAACUCUGAGACUGACUUUUUAUUUACAGCUUGAAAAAAAAACACAAGUUCAAUCAAUUUGUUAUUCAAUGAAUUAGAGGCUGGUGUGAGUUUUCUUUGUGUGAAUUUUCAGUCUAACCUGGUCAUCUGAAACGAAAUGUAAAUAUUUUGACCCAAGUACAUCAUAUGGAAAACAA